AUGGCCCUGAACGACGGCCCCCCUUUCGGCCCCGUGGUCAACGGGACCAUGGUAAUUGUCUUCUGGGAGUACCGCCCAAGUAACGUCGCCGCCUACCUCUUCCUUGGGCUAUUCGCCGCCGCCACAUUAGGCCACCUCAUCUACCUGAUCUGGUUCCGCGCGUGGACCUUUAUCCCCUUCCUCCUGGGCGGCAUCUGCCAAAUCUUCGGCUAUCUCGAGCGCGCCGCCGCCCACAACCACCCCACCACCCUCGGCCCCUGGAUCCUCCAAAACCUGCUCCUCCUGGUCUCCCCACCCCUCCUCGCCGCAACACUCUACCUCUCCCACCACCAAAUCACCCACUCCCUUCUCCACACCACCACCCCUCCCAAACAACCCCCCUCUCACCACCUCACCCGCCUCCUCCAGCCCACCCCCACCAAAACCUACAUCCUCCUCGACCUAGUCACCAUCCUCACCCAACUCCUCGGCACGGUCCUCCCCGCCAGCGGCACGCCCUCCGCCCUCCACCUCAGCAAAGCCCUCGUCCUCGCCGGCCUAGCCCUCCAGCUUGCCGCGCUAGGGGUGUUCGUCGGCGUCGGCUGCGGGCGCACGCACGCGCGGCUGCGGCGGGACCCGACGCGGGCGAUGGUGGCGGAUCCGGGGGUGAAUUGGCUGGGGUAUUUUGUGGUGAUGGAGGUGGCGGGGGGGAUGUUGAUUGUGCGGAGCGUGGUGCGCGGGGUGGAGCUUUUGGAGGGGGGGAGUGGUGGUGGUGGUGGUGGUGGUGGUGGUGGUGAGGGGGGGGGAGUGGUGAGGGGGCAUGAGGUGUUUGUGUACGUGUUUGAUGGGGUGGCGAUGCUGGUGGUGAUGGUGGGGUUUUUGUUGUUGUAUCCGGCGAGGUUAGUGAGGGAGGUGGGGAGGUUGGAGCGGAGGGAGAAGAGUGGGAGAGGGGCGGUGUUGAGUUGA